UUGAUUUUGCAGAAGACAGCCACAAAUCUCCAAAGCCAGGACUGUGUUGGCCACAAUGAAGCCUUGUUUCACCUUGUUCUUUUUACUGUGCUGUGGCAUCACCCUUCAUGCAGAGAUUGCUCAGCCGUACACUUCUUCCUAUUCUGGGGAGUACGGGAAGGCAGGAGGACAGCGCUUCUCUCAUUCUGGAAACCAACUAGAAGGACCCAUAACUGCCAUAAGGAUCCGGGUUAGCAGUUGGUACAUUGUGGGCUUGCAGGUCCGUUACGGACGGGAGUGGAGUAACUACGUCGGUGGCACUUCAGGAGAUCUGGAGGAAAUCUUCCUGUUCCCAGGGGAGUCCAUCAUCCAAGCAUCUGGGAAAUACGACAGUUAUCUCCGCAAACUCGUCUUCGUCACUGACCAGGGGCGUGUCUUUCCUUUCGGCAAAGAUAAAGGCACUAGUUUCAAUGGGGCGCCCCUCUUCCCAAACACCGUCCUGCGUUAUGUCAGUGGCCGCUCCAGUUCUGCCAUUAACGCCAUUGGCUUCCAUUGGGAUAAGUACCCUGGCAGUUGCAAAAGUUGUGGCAAGUGAGGGGACAGAAGAACAAGAGAGGACUUGACCAACAGGAUGGAGAGAGAACAGCAUAGCAGAAAGGCAACCAUCUUUUCCUUGCCCGCUGUCAAUGAGGUUAGGGCAGUGUUGUCCAAACUUGGCCACUUUAAGAUGAGUGGACUUCAACUCCCAGAAUGCUGGGAGAAUGGCUGGCUGGGGAAUUCUGGGAGUUGAAGUCCACUCAUCUUAAAGUGCCCAAGUUUGGACAACACUGGGUUAGGGUAAUAAAUUUGUUCAGCCCCCUCAACAUCCAAGGAUACUCUUUCACCAGCCUGCCCGGUCCUGUUCCCAGCUGUCUGUCUCUCUACAGAUGCAUAUUAUACCUCCAGACCAGAGCAACAUUGUUCUUCCAACAUGUUUCCCACCCCUCUUUUAUCAUGAAAGGGAAGGGAAAGAAAAGCAACUACCAUCUGCUUCAACUUUGCCCCAUCGCUUUGGAGCUAUUCUUCCCUCAAAGGACCAGCCGGCAAUCAGUGUUGACCAAUAAAAGGCAAACUGGAAACAAA